UUUCUUACAUGUUGGUGUCUGGUUUUUCCUUUUCUGAUUCAAUGUUUCGAGUUCAAUCGUUUUCGGUUUUGCAGCAUGAUGGUUUGUUGGCCUUACUUCGAUCCCGAAUUCGAAAAUCUCCCUGACCGGAUCUUUGGUCCCCCAUGUAGGGUUUGCAUUGACAAUGACAGCAUGGAGGAAUGCACAGAUAUUAAGGUAGAUAGCGUGAACAAGCAAGGGAUCCUCCUAGAAGUGGUGCAGGUGUUGACGAACAUUAAUCUUAUCAUCUUGAAAAGCUACAUUUCCUCUGACGCUGGAUGGUUCAUGGAUGUAUUCCAUGUUAAAGAUGAGCACGGCAACAAAAUUAGAGAUCAGAAUGUAAUUAACUAUAUCCACCAGGCCAUAGGUACAGUCAGAGAGAUCGAAAACACAGUCAGGGCCUGUCGCCAUGACAUUUCGAAUAACUCCGACCAACUAAGCGAGCACACCGCUAUAGAAAUCAGAGGAACGGAUCGACCGGGUCUGUUUUCGGAGAUAUCCGCAGCCUUAGUUGAUCUGCACUGUAACAUUAUAGAAGCACACGCAUGGAGCCACAAUUCUCGUUUGGCUUGCGUGGCCUACAUUUCCGAUCAAUCCACCGACACCCCAAUCGACGAACCCCACCGCCUCGCCAUCAUAGAGGACCACCUCACCACCGUGCUACGGGCCAAUACUACACCUACCCCAACCGGGUCAUCCGAGCCGGCCAGCCCGCAGGAAGUGAAGACGGCUGAGUUAGGUGAAGGCACCAAUAUGACUGAUGUGGAACGUAGGCUGCAUCAGCUUAUGCUAUCAGUAGGGGAUUUCCAUCGGCCAGCGUUCGAGCCAAUAGCGCUACUGCCGCCACCGAGACCGAACGGCGAUGAGGACGGAAGAAAAGCGAUAGUAUCGGUCGAGAACUGCGAUGAAAAAUGGUACUCCAUCGUCAGCAUACAAUGUAAAGAUAGACCAAGGCUCAUGUUUGAUACUGUGUGCACCAUCACUGAUAUGCAGUACGUAAUUUUCCACGCAUCAAUCAGUUCCCACCAUGGUAGAGCAUUCCAGGAAUAUUUCAUAAGACACGUAGAUGGAUACGCAUUGAGUUCGGAAACCGAGAAGGAAAAUGUCGUAAAAUGCUUGGAAGCAGCCAUAGAGCGACGUGUCUGCGAGGGGAUCCGACUAGAAUUGAGUGCAGAGAAUCGGAUCGGGUUGCUGUCGGAUAUAACUCGAGUUCUGAGGGAGAAUGGGCUGAGCGUCGUUAGAGCGGAUGUGAAAACACAGGGAGAGAGGGCGGUGAAUGCUUUCUACUUGAAAGACAUUCUGGGGAACGAAGUCGGCAAGGAUUACGUGGAGUCGGUGAAGAAAGAGAUGGACGACGUUAUAUAUUUUGAAGUGAAAGACGGUGGUAAUAACAACAGUGGCGAUGACGGUCAGUGCCAGUCAAGUUCGUCGGGAUUAUUUUCUCUUGGAGAUGCUCUUAAGUGUCAAAUCCAACGCAUUUCUCAUAAUUUCAUGCCCAUCAAUUAACUAGUGAUGUCGAUGUAAAUAAAUCACUUGGGAAGGAGUAUGAUUGUAAUUAAAUAAAAAGACAUGGCUCCACUGUGAAUAAGU